AUGACAAAAGGAAAUCAUUCUUUGGUGACUGAGUUUAUUCUUUCUGGAUUAACAGAAAAACCAGAGCUCCAGCUGCCCCUCUUCCUCUUGUUCCUGGGAAUCUAUGUGUUCACAGUGAUGGGGAACCUGAGCAUGAUCAUCCUGAUUGGGCUCAGUUCUCCCCUGCACACCCCCAUGUACUACCUCCUCAGCAGUCUGUCCUUCAUCGACCUGUCCUAUUCCACUGUUAUCACCCCCAAAAUGUUGAUAAACUUUGUGACAGAGAAGAAUGUCAUCUCCUACACCGAAUGCAUUACUCAACUCUACUUCUUGGUUUUUGGUAUCUCAGAGUGUUACAUGUUGGCUGCAAUGGCAUACGACCGCUACGUUGCCAUCUGUAACCCCCUGCUUUACAGUGUCACCAUGUCUCCUCAAGUCUGCUGCCUGAUGGUAGCUGGGGUGUACAGCAUGGGUUUGGUUGGUGCCACAACUCACAUAGUCUGCAUGUUGAAGGUGCUUUUCUGCAAGGAAAAUAUCAUAAAUGAUUUCUUCUGUGAGCUUUCUCCACUACUGGAGCUCUCCUGCUCCAGCACUUUUAUUAAUGAGGUAUUGCUUCUGUGCUUCAGUGCAUUUAAUGUUCUUCUUCCAACUCUAACUAUCGUUCCCUCCUACAUCUUCAUCUUAGCUAGCAUCCUCCGCAUUCGCUCCACCUCAGGCAGGUCCAAAGCCGUCAGCACCUGCAGCUCCCAUCUCUCAGCUGUUGCUGCGUUCUUUGGUUCUGGCGCCUUCAUGUACCUGCAGCCCUCAUCAAGCAACUCUAUGGACCAAGGGAAAGUGUCCUCUGUGUUUUACACCAUUGUUGUCCCCAUGCUGAAUCCCCUGAUCUACAGCCUGAGGAAUAAGGAUGUGAAAGUUGCACUAUGUAAGAUCUUUCAAAAAUAUCAAUCUUCCUUGAAAUAG